CAAAACAUGUUUGAAACAUUAUGAAAUAGUGAGGCGAUUAUUUAAGGAAGGUGCUUAGGCCAACCAUAGUUUAUACGCCGUUCUUUCCAUGUGCCGUUUCUAUGUAAAUGCAUGCAGAUAAAGAUGAAACAAUCGACCUCGUUCAUUUGCAUGUGUUUGCAUUAGGAACAGUAUAUGAACUAGGCCUUAUUCGAGCAAUUGCCAUGGGCCCUCAUGGCUUAUUGCUUGGUUUACCUGUGGAUAAGAUAUUCUUAACUUGGUCUACCUGUGCGAAUGUGAGUCCCAGGGUCUUUCGCCGAGCAAAGCCUGGCACAUCCAUCAUAUUCGCAUCACGGAAACUCGCAAGAUUUUCGCAAAACCGGGACAUUGAGGCUUGCCUUCCUUUAUUUCAAGAUGAGAACGUGGCUACGCAGGCUUUCAGUGCUCCAACUGUGUGUUCUAGUAGUUUUAGCCCUUGUUAUUUUGCUCAAGGGAACACGAUUGGUAUGGUAUGGAUUUAAUUAUGCUCAGCUCAUUCUCCGAGCUGUAAACUCUGAUGAGAAAAGACGUGCAGAUAAUUUGGAGUUGCUUGCACAAAUUCAAUGGGACUACUCCACAUUACAGACCAGAUACAUGAAACAGAUUUGUGAAGAUAAGGGUUCUGAACGGACGGACUUUACAUGGCUGUCAGCAUUGGUCAAUGAUGAGUAUGUCAUACCCGCUGUUGUACUUGGGCACAGUAUAAAAACUCUCUCCUGUGUGAAAAAGAUGCUGGUUUUAGUCUCUGAUGAGGUUAGUAAGGCAUCUAUACAUGCACUGGAGAGAACUGGAUGGAGUGUAAAACUGGUAACAGCAAUGGACUGCCGAUGGCUUGAACGUAAGCAAGGCCAUAUGCCUGCUAGUAAAGGUAUACUGGGGACUCACACAAGGUUCCAUGCAUGGAACUAUACCCAAUAUAGCAAAAUCAUCUAUGCAGACCCAGACUAUAUGCUAUUGAGUAACAUGGAUGAACUGUUCCACCUCUCAGAAGACUUCGCAGCUGCAGAGUGUGCAAGGGCAGGCAUGGUUGAUCCUUGCUUUAAUGCUGGAUUGUUAGUGUUUAGACCAAGCUACAAGGAUUAUAAGGCUAUCAUGGAAAACUGGUGGACAAUCUCAUUGUCAGAUACAUGCCCUAAUGACCAGGUACUGUUGUGGCACCUUUAUGCUGAUACUGGCCGAUGGAAGCCACUCCCGUUUGCCUACAAUGUCCGUAGGUUGAUCCAUCAUCCUAUGAAAGCUUUUCAUUUCGCUUGCUGUCCUCCACCCAAACCUUGGAAAGAGCAUUGUCGACCAAGCUCAAAGGAAGCUAAGAAAUUCAACGGGCCUCUUCUCAGUGUGCAUGAUGCCACAAUAAUGUUUUGGAAAAUGUUCUAUGAAGCAGUUAGAAAGUACAACUUAGAAGAAUGGUGGGAAAACACUUUAUUUUUCAAGUCGGAUAAAGAAGUGAAUGUGAAAUCAUAUGUAGAAUGUGUCCAGGAAUGGUCGCUCCGAUAGAAUUGAUGAAUUCUAUAUAAAAAUGUUCAUUUUGUGAGAGUUACCAAUUACCAACUUUAAUGUUGAGUGGUUUAGUAAACCAUCUUUGCCAUAGCACCUUGAAAGACCUCAAAACCCAUCCUUUCACAUAACCAUGUUCCCAGAAAUUCCAUUCUUUAAUCCCUUACUGGAUUUCUACCCUUCUGGGUUUCUUCCAGCCCUAUAGAACUCCCUCUUUUAUUAGAUUCUAUAUUAUCAGCGCUUUUGUGCAGACUGAUUGAGGUCCAUCGUUUCCCUGAUUCUCUGCCUAGCUAAUUCCCUUCCGAUGUACUAUCUAGAAACUUCAGCUAAAAAAGGUUAUGAUGAUAAAAAUAUUUCGUAGUUAUGUCUACAUGGUGACGUGAUGCGAGAGCAAGGGAAAUAGACUCAAUCAAAUACUUGCCGACGUUUUGUAUCAAAGAGAGGGAUAUAAGUGUAUUAUAUGUUACUGAACAGUGAAUAUAAUAAAUACAUACCAUUUUUCUAUAA